UUUACAUCAAACGUUGCGAGGUGGAAUUUCCCAGGUUACAGCACAGACCAGUAGACCACUUCCGCAAUAGAUGUCUGGGCAGAGAGACGUGAGGCCACUGCGAGCUGAAAGUUUGGAGGACCAUGUCUAGGAAUUAAUCACGGCGAUGGAAGGGAAAGGCCCGUACCGCAUCUAUGAUCCAGGUGGGAGUGAGGUUAAGGCCAGGGAUGAGGCCGGAGGGGGAAGCAGUUAUCGACAGCUACUGGAGGAGAACAGCAUACUGAGGGAGCGGAUGAAAGGACUUAAGAGCUUAGGUGAUUUGCUGGAAGAGUCUCAAUCAGAGGCGUCGAGGCUUCGACAGCGAGUGGAGGAACUUGUGAGAGACAAUGAGGCCCUCAAGUCGUCCAGUUUUGCUGCCAGUCUGUGUAUGGGAGGGCCUGUUCAAACUGAGACACAAAGUAAACCCUGUUUACACUCCACUGCAGAGCAGAAGGAGGAGCAAGCAAGCUGUUUAGGGAAGACCCUUCAGCCUGAGAAGCCCAAUGAAGCCUCAUCAGAGUUUGAGGUUGUGAACAUGGAUGGGAAGACCGCAGAUGCUUUGACUGCCGGGUCAAUGGCAGGCGUAAUCCCCGUCCUGCCUCAGGAGAACAUCGAGCUAGCGAGCCAGCUGAAGAGACUAGAGAGCUCCUUCAGCAUUUUUGCAGAGGAGUCCAAUCCGAACCAGCUGUUAGCCCAUCUCGGACGCAUGGCUGUGGAGUUUCACCAUCUUUCCUCGAAGGUCCAAAAGAAUGAACAGAGGACCUCCCUCUUACAGACUCUCUGUGAGCAGCUCAGACAGGAGAAUAAUGAGCUUCGAAAGAAAAUGGAAGAGGAUCAUCAUAUCAGGAAUCGAGAUUUAGAACAGCUGAGACAGGAGAAUCAGAAGCUUAAGGAGCUGGUCACAGGAGCGGCAGCGGCGGCAGCAUCAUCUGCGGCGCCAUCUGACACCGAUGCUCAAGAGGACAAAGAGGAGCCUGCGAAGGAGGAAUCAGUCGCUGUAAGAUCUAAGAUGGAGGCUGCCACACCGCAGAAGAGUGGAAAAGCUGCAGAGAAAACCCCAACUAAACCUUGUGAUGUAGAGGUGUAUGAAAAGAAGAUCAAGCUUUUGGAGAAGCAGAGAAAGGAUGUACUGGAGGUGAACAAGCAGUGGGACAUUCAGUGGAACUCCAUGAAGUCACAGUUUGAACAGAAGAUCACAGACCUCAGACAACGGCUGGCUGAGUCCCAGAAAACUGUGCUUGAGCUGGAGGCAGAGCGAGAGCAGAGGCAGCGUGACUACGACAAGAAGCUGCUGCUGGCCAAGUCCAAGAUUGAAAAUGUACAGGGGGAGAAGGAGUGCCUAAAUUCUGAGACCACUGAGCUGAAGCAGAAGAUUCGCUACCUGCAGGAUCAGCUGCUGCCCCUGAGCAAACAGAGGGAGUACCAGGAGAAGGAGAUCCAACGCCUCAACAGGGCUUUAGAGGAAGCCUUAAAUCUGCACACCCCAUCCUCUUCCCAACAACCACCUGGCCAGGGUAACUUUGCCGAUGCAGCCAGUAACCUGAAGAAACAGGAACUGCUCACUCAAAUUGCUGUACUAAAGGAACAGGUGAAGAUUUUUGAAGAAGACUUCAGAAAAGAAAGGAGUGACAGAGAGCGAAUGAAUGAGGAAAAGGAGGACUUGAGGCGGCAAGUUGAGAGACUCCAGGGUCAGAUUACUAAUUUGACCAACCAGCUUCAUCAGGCGCAGAACGAGUGUCAGAGAGAACGCACAGAGAGAUGUAAGCUGGAGAGACUGCAGAUGCAGCAUCACAAACAGGGGCAGCAGCAGGAAAGACGUACCUCAGACCCCACGUCAGGCUCAGUGAACGGCCCGCUGAGCCCUCCCUACUGUGGUCCCUUUGUGCAGGUGGGACCGCAGGGCCUUGAGGGCUGGCCCGUACACUUCCCUCCCCGGAUGCCCAAUGCAGCAGGUGCCACAGCAGCAGCAGCAGCAGCAGCAGCAGCCGCAGCCGCAGCCGCAGCCGCCGCAGCACCGCCCCCUGUACGAGACUUCCAGCCUGUUACCCCGGGUUUUCCUUGGCAGUCGUCAUUCCCGCAGCCCAGAGGGGCCAGAGCAGUAGGAGAGAGCUCAAGACCACCACCAGAGAAUGCAGAUCAGGCCGCAGCAGCCGCAGCAGCAGGAGCAGGAUUUGGAAAAAGGGAGCGACAGAACAUUGACCCUGGAAAGCACUAAAGCAUCACCGUACCCACCUAAUGGAGUCUGGGUAGUAGCAUGAAAUCAGUUUGUUUUUGAGUUGACGAGGUGUGAUUUGAUCUAUAAUUUUCCUACUGAACUGUAGAUAUCCUAUUGUAAUGUUGUUUAUACUUGCGUUUUAUAAGGCUAUUUGUGAAACACUUCGCUAUUCUGAAUAUAUACAUGAAAUAUUAUUUGGAUUAUUAUUAUUAUUUUUUAUUAUCAGGAACUGAAGUCAUUUGUUAAAUAGGUUGGAAUGAUUAACAUGGUUUUUGUUUUUGUUCCAGAAAAAUAUACCUAUGUGAUUUGUCUCUCUGCAAAUAUGUAACAACUUGACACUUAGUUUGUUACUUGUAGGGUUACAAGAAGCCAUUCCCCAAUAUGACUAAGACUACAUAUACUCAUUCCAACAAUGAAUGAUUAUAUAGGUACAUUGAAUCAUAGAAUUUACAAUGUGAAUGUUAAUUGAUUUUUGAAGAUUUCUUCAGUGCCAUCGAUGUUAUAGACCUGUCCCAUAUGUGUAACUGUUCAAAAGUGGUUGUUGAAAUACAAAAAUUUCGGGAAAUGAAUUUUGAUGGUAUCAUACCAAAAAACAUGAUUGUGAUAAUUUAUUUAUAACCUGCUGUUUUGAUAGUUGCAUUGACUUAAGUGUAAAUCAUUGUCUUUAGUAAUGCUGUUCUUUCUAUGUUGUUAGUGUAAUCCAAAUAUAUUGUAGCUAUUGACAUUGUAUGUUUGUAUCAGACACCCAAUACACAUGCACAGUACAUACACAAUCUUAUUUUUAUUUUUUUUUCCCCAUGAUGAUGGACCUAAUCUCAUUAAACACAACACUUCUACUUGACCACAAUUGAUUUGAUGAUUUGACCACUCAUCCCGAUAUUCAUACUCAUCUUACUGCAUCCUGUCCGAUUGCCCAGUUCAGCCCCACACAAGUUACAGCACCAAAACCUUUUAGGCAUCAGCGAUGACAUUUUUCCUCUUAAUCUUAUUUCAUGAUAACUUGAGUUGUAAUCAGUGCAGCUAUCACGCCUAGUACUGAAACAUUCAAAUUCUGUUCAAGCAACAGAAACAGGAAGAUUGUCAUCAGUAUUUGGGAGUCCCUAGAUCUAGUGUUAGAGCAGUACAGCCACUCCUCAAAGGAAAACCUGCCAGGAAUUCUGGCUUUGCUCUUUGCCCACUUCACCAACCAGCAAUCCAGGCCGUGCCAACCAACCUGCAAAAUGCUAUAACAAAGUCAGGAUCCCUGAUAACAGGCACAGACUCCACACCACGAGAUUGUUACUUUUUUCAAAGACCAAUCCAAUCUGAAAUAAACCACUGUUUUACCUGAAGACCUAUGAAAGUUUACUUAGUAUAGUGUUAAUCAUGUAGUCUGAUGAAAGACUUCAAAAUAUGUGCAGAUGAAUUGCAAAUUGGCUCUGUUUUAUCAAACCGUUAAGUUAGUGGGAACAAAAUCCAGAUGGGUGAGUUGAAAUGAGAAGUUAGCAGAAUUGCACUUUGGUACGCUGUAAUUACUGGCAGUUGUAUUUUCUUGGUUUGUAGCCCUUUUACUUUUUUUUGCUGUAGGCAAAAGCACAUGUGAGACUUUUUGUAUUUGACUGGCUUAAUAAAUAUUCUAAAUGUC